AUGAAACAAUGUCUCGGAAGAUUAUAUAGUAUCUACCUAGCCACGCCCAAGUUGUACCAAUGUUCCAACAAUAAACAACUAAUCAACAAGUACAUCCAGACACACGGCAGCAACUACACUUAUAUACGACGUUUCACUACCUUUCAACGACUAAAUCAAGAAAUAAAGGGUAAACCCACGUCAAAUCCAAAGAAUAUCAACAGCAAUACUGAUGUUAAAGGCACGAAGCAAACCGAGCAAUCAAAACCAGCAAGUGGCAGCAGCACUGACGCUGCCUCCAAUACCAGGCCAAGUCUCAACCUAUUGCACAAUGAGUUGAGCAACUCUAUAGUACCAGGCGAGGCCAAGGUGAUACCCGAAGGUUCAUGCAAAGAAGAUUUCUUAACUGAGAUAUUUGACAAUUUAGAACCAUACAUUGACACAUAUGAGGUGUUCACACGACUUACCGAGGCAGGUUUCACAGAAGCCCAAGCUGACCUGAUUAUUAAAUUACUUAUAUAUCAAUUAAACUCGAAACUAUCAAAGUUGUCUACGAUAUAUGCCCAAAAGUAUGAGAUGGAGAGUGAACAAUAUUUAUUUGAAAGUGCUCAACAGGAAAUCUUGGUUGAUAUAACUCGCAGCAGAGAACAGCAUAUCAAUGAGCUAAUCACAUUGGUUAACAUCUUGGAACGUGAUUUCAACAUCAUCUCCGACGAAUUAAAUAAUGACAAUUUAAAACUCCGCAAUGAUUCGCAAGUGGCUAUUCAUGAGCAAAAAUCAGAAAAUACAUUGAAUGUCAAGAAAUUAUUUUUACGAAUCCAGGAGACGAACCAUAAGAUUACAACUGAAUUGGAUUCGGCAAUUAGAUCGGAAAUCGAAAGUUUGCGAUGGUAUUUGUCGCGUUGGGGGUUGAUUACAUUGUUGGUAUCGCUAUUUCUUGCCAGUUUGAUCUUUUUCAGUAACAAAUCCAAGAAUGAAAAGAAUGAGGCCAAGAAGGAGUUUGUCCCCUUGGUUAUUCGCGAACCUAGUGAGUAUGACGAGGAUGAUUAUCAUACGGACUUGGAUAGAUCGAGUGUAGAGUAA